UUCCAUAAAUGUUAGCAAUGGACUCAUCGUUUGAGCGAGCCUAGCGCUCAAGAUUGUGGGAUUAAGACGCUUGACUAGGAUUUCGGGGAGGACUAAACUCCGAAAAUCUGCAAAAUGACUGAUAAUUUGGAUAAAUUUAUUGAAGAGCGGAAAGCCAAACUGGCCAAAGACAAGGCAGAAUUAGAAAGUGAUCCACCUUACAUGGAAAUAAAGGGAGCAGCCUCAGAGAAGCUGUCUGAAAAUAGUAAAAUAUUAAUCUCUAUGGCUAAGGAAAACAUACCACCAAACAGUCAACAGACCAAGGGUUCCUUAGGAAUUGAUUAUGGAUUAAGUUUACCACUUGGGGAAGACUAUGAACAGAAGAAGCAUAAACUAAAAGAAGAAUUGCGGCAAGAUUACAGACGCUAUCUUACUCAGAAAAAUUUUCUAUCCACGGGUGAAACAGAUCCAUCUACUCUGGGAGUUUCCCUUCCUAUUGGUGAGAGGUUAUCUGCCAAGGAAAGGUUGAAACUUGAACGUAACAAAGAAUACAAUCAGUUUCUCAGGGGUAAGGAAGAAUCCAGUGAAAAGUUCAGACAGGUAGAAAAAAGUACUGAGCAUAAGACUCAAAGAAAUAAAAAACUUAUUAGUCAAGUCAAGCGUGACUUAACUUCACAAAUACAAACAUCUUGUGAAAAUUCAGAGGAACCUAGGAGAGAUAUCUUAACUCCUUCAGAGGCAUAUAAAGAACUUCUGAACCAAAGACGACUAGAGGAGGACAGAUAUCGACAACUUGAUGAUGAAAUUGAAUUAAGGAAUAGAAGAAUUACUAAAAAAGCUAAUGAAGAAGUGGACAUUUUCAGUACAAAACAUCACAGGUUUGCAAGCAAGGCUGGCAUUCCAGAUAGAAGAUUUCACAGAUUUAAUGAGGAUCAUAUUUUUGAUAGACAGCAUUAUAGACCAGACCAAGAUCCUGAAGUAAGUGAAGAAAUGGAUGAAAGGUUUAGAUAUGAAAGUGAUUUUGAUAGAAGACUUUUGAGAGUGUAUACAAAUGACAGGAUGCAUGGGAACAGACGAGGGAAUGAACCUCCUAUGGGAUAUGAUGGUGAUGUCACAGGACAGUCAAAUAUACGAAUUUUAUCUGCUGGAAAUAAAAGUGCUCGAGACAAUGAAUCAUCCAAAACUGCUAAUCGAGAUAUCUGUAGUCCUUUUGCGGGGAUGCUCUUUGGAGGUGAAGAUCGAGAACUUAUUCAGAGAAGGAAAGAGAAAUAUAGAGUAGAACUAUUAGAACAAAUGGCUGAGCAACAGAAGAACAAGAGACGAGAAAAAGAUUUAGAACUCAGGGUUGCAGCUUCUGGAAUACAAGACCCUGAGAAAUCGCCUGAUAGACUAAAGCAGUUUAGUGUGGCACCAAGACACUUUGAAGAGAUGAUACCACCUGAAAGACCCAGAGUAGCUUUCCAGACACCUUUCCCUCCUUUGUCUGCCCCAUCUGUCCCACCCAUUCCAUCAGUUCACUCCGUUCCUUCUCAAAAUGAAGAUUUGCACAGUGGACUCAACAGCGCCCUUGGUGAAAUGGUGCCUCCCAGGAUUGCACCUCCACCUCCACCUCCUUUACUACCACCUUUGGCUACUAACUAUCGAACUCCUUAUGAUGAUGCAUACUAUUUUUAUGGUGCCAGGAAUACUUUGGAUCCCAGUCUUGCUUACUAUGGUUCAGGAAUGAUGGGAGUACAGCCUGCAGCUUAUGUUAGUGCUCCUGUGACCCACCAACUAGCACAACUGAAUACGGUUGGACAGAAUGAACUGAAAAUUACAAGUGAUCGAGUGAUAAAUCCUGGAUUGUUUUUUGGAGACAAACCGAAACUUUCCAAACAGUCUCUUCAGUCUUACCAAGAGGCUUUGCAGCAGCAGAUUCGGGAAAGAGAAGAAAGAAGGAAGAAAGAACGGGAAGAAAAAGAAGAAUAUGAAGCAAAAUUAGAAGCUGAAAUGAGAACUUAUAACCCCUGGGGAAAAGGUGGAGGUGGUGCUCCUCUCAGGGAUGCAAAAGGAAAUCUGAUAAGUCAUAUGCAAACACAGAGCUCUCCUUUUGCUCGGGGAAAUAUAUUUGGUGAGCCUCCAACUGAACUUCAGAUUAAACAGCAAGAAUUAUACAAGAAUUUUCUUCGUUUUCAGAUAGAGGAAAAGAAACAAAGAGAAGAAGCAGAGCGAGAGAGACUGAGAAUUGCAGAAGAAAAAGAAGAAAGGCGGCUCGCAGAACAGAGGGCACGGAUUCAGCAAGAGUACGAAGAGGAACAGGAAAAGAAAAGAGAGAAAGAGGAGGAGCAAAGGCUAAAAAAUGAAGAGCUUAUUCGGUUAGCUGAAGAAAGACGAAAGGAAGCAGAGAGAAAGAAGAAAGAAGAAGAAGAAAAACAUAACCUGCAACUUCAGCACUACUAUGAAAGAGAAAAUAUGAUUGGGGAAGAAACAAAGCAUUUGAGACAACCUUCUCCUGUAGUUCCUGCUCUUCAGAACAAAAUUGCAAGCAAACUCCAAAGACCUCCUUCAGUUGACAGCAUCAUAAGUUCCAUUUUUCAUGAAAGUUCCAUGUCCAGGGCACAGUCGCCCCCGGUACCUGCCAGGAAAAAUCAACUCCGUGCAGAAGAGGAGAAAAAAAAUGUGAUAAUGGAAUUAUCAGAAAUGAGAAAACAACUUCGUAGUGAAGAGAGGCGUCUACAAGGGCGGUUGCUGCACAUGGACAGUGAUGGUGAAAUUCAUCUAAGUAAAAGAGAACGGAAUCCCAUGGAUAUUUUUGACAUGGCUAGACAUCGGUUGCAAGCUCCUGUCAGAAGACAAUCACCUAAGGUCCUAGAUGCUACCACUUUUCAGAAUAUUCAUGAUUUUAAUGAACUGAAAGAUAGAGAUUCAGAAACACGAGUUGAUCUGAAAUUUAUGUACCCGGAUCCUCCAAGAGAUCAUCACACCUUAGAAAUUCAACAGCAAGCCCUGCUAAGAGAGCAGCAGAAGAGGCUGAAUAGAAUAAAAAUGCAGGAAGGUGCUGAGGCUGAUUUAGAUGCCAUCCCAAGUGCUAAAGUACAAGAGCAAAGAAUGCCCAGAGAUGACACUAAUGAUUUCUUGAAAAACUCAUUAUUGGAAUCUGAUAGUGCUUUUAUUGGUGCUUACGGCGAGACGUAUCCUGCCAUCGAGGACGAUGCCUUCCCUCCGUCAUCUCAGCUGCCCUCUGCGAGGGAGCGCCGGAGGAACAGAUGGAAAGGACUGGACUUGGAUAACAGCCGUCCUAAUGUACCACCAGAUGGUCUCUCCUUAAAGUCUGUAUCCAGCAUAAAUGUGGAUCAGCUCAGAAUGAGAAAUGAGGAACGGAUGCGAAGACUGAAUGAACUUGAGCAUAAACCUAUCCAUACAGAUGACGAGAGUUCACUGGUUGACCCUGACGACAUCAUGGAACUUGUGGGGGAUCAUGGGUCAAACUCUGUAGCCACUGAGCCCUGGCUCCGCCCCGGCACGUCCGAAACGCUGAAGCGCUUCAUGGCCGAGCAGCUGAACCGGGAGCAGCACCAGGUUCCUGGAAAACCAGGCACUUGGAGUUGGCAGGGCCUGUCGACCGCACAUGGCUGAAAUAAAGCUGCAGUUGUGCCUUUUAAGGUGAAAGGAUUGGUGAAUCUGUAUCUUUAAUAUUAUAUGUCCUCCUUUAGGCCCUACCUGGAAGUUAAUUACUUUUGUUCCAUCUGUCAAGUGUACCUUUUCCAUGAUGAUUGGUUUAUAUAAUAGAAUUGUAUAGAACUAUUUUUGCACAAUUUUGUGAUAAGUCAGAGUGGGAAGGAACUCUUCGAUUGAACUACCAUAUGUGCAUUAUAUUAAAUUCUGCUUGUCAUUAAGAUAAGGUAAAUAAAACUUAGUGUCUUGCCAGUACUGUAAAACCAGAAUUUUGUUACAUGCACAAUUGCCAUUGUUAUUCAAAAUCAAAUCUGUUGUAGCUGUGAUCAUUCCAGUUGCUGUGUAAUGAGGAAAUCAAAUGUGCUAGUUAUUUUCAUACCAUUUAUAGCUACUGGUUCAGUAGAAAUGAUGGGAGCCGUAACUGAUUUUAUUCCCUUGAGCCAUACACUAAAUGUCACGUCUAUUUUAUUUUUGUGCCAAUGAAGAUGUUGUCUUAAGUUACUAAUUUAUAUGACUUAACUACUUCUUAAUAGAAAUAAAUUUUUAUUUUUAUUACUAA